UAAUGCAUAAGAAAGGCACUGACAUCGCUAGCUACCGUGAUUGUGUAGUAAACAGAAUUGUUAUUAAUCAGUGGAAGUCAUAAACUCAACAACGCUAAUAUGGCCUUGCAGAACUCAAGAAAAAAUUUCGUCAAAGAUCAAUCUAAAUUGGCUUACCAAAAUAGUAUAGAUGAUUAUCCACUGAUACCAGGCAUGUACUCUAGACAUCAUCCCAAGGAUUGUGGCCAUUUACUUCGUUUUCGACCAAUUCACAUGCUCAACGAUAAUCCUUAUGAAGGAAAAAAGGUGGAACAGCUUGUUUCAAAGGAUAAUAUUCGUAACUUACUGAUCCCAAGCAAGAGUAUGUCCGUUUAUCCGGUGAUAUGGCCCAAAAAAGAUUAUGUCAAGUUACAAACUAAAGCAAAGCUAAAAACAAUGGAUGAUAAACUCAACGAGUUUAAGCUUAAUGAAAUAGAAAAAAGGAAUAUGCUUGAAGAAUCGGAAAAACGUAAGAAACGUCUGCAGGAAAUUGAUAGAGAGCGACAAGUAAAGGGGACUGUUGGCAAUAUCUUGGAUGAGCCCAAAGAUGAAGACUCGGGGACAACAGCACGGAAAAUAAUUGACAGGGCGUUCAUAGCGAAGCAGGAACAAGAAGAAGAAGUUAAAAGGGCCAACAGAAUCAUAUUAGCUGCAAAAUGUCACAUCAUUCGAGAUGCCCAAAUAGCCGAAAAGCAAGAGAUAGAACGAGAACUAAGAUCGGAAGAGCUGAGGUUGGAGAAGAUGAUGCUAAGUGAGAAUGAAAGGGCAUUAAAGGAAGAAGAGAAGAAACGCGAUUUGAAUAAAAUGUUAACCACACAGCACUCCGAAGAAAUUCGCAAUCAGCUUUUACAGAAAGAGAAGAUGCGUUUGAAAGAGGCUGAAAGAAUUGAGGAAGAAGCUCGGGUUUUAAAGCAAGCUCAACAAGCGAUUAUAGAAGAUGAAAAGCGCAAGGAAAAAGAUCGUGUUGAUCGAAUCAAUGUCGUGAGAAAUGAUUUAAAGAAAGCUUACGAAUUCUCGGCUUACUAUAAGCAAUUAGAAUUCGAGGAACAGCGCAUAGCGGAACUUAAAGUUCAAGAGUACACUAGAUUGCGCAAUGAGCGCCAAGCUAAACUAGAAUUCGAGAAAAAAAUUGCAGCUGAAGCCAAGGAACGUGAGCAAGAUCGAAUGCUGAAAAUACAGCAGAAGUUGCUCACUACAAAAUCGUCAAAGAACGAUAUGGACCUUCGCCGUGGGCAGGAACACGUUGAACGUGAAUUUCGGCGACGAGAGAAAGAGGCGGCUAUUAGAAAACGUGACUUGGAGCAGCAAAUUGCAGUUGCACGUGCAGCUCAACUUGAGGCAGUGAAAACGGAACGCGCAAUGCAGAUAGCACGAGACGAGCUUGAUCAUAAAAAGGCGGUCGAAAAAUUGAAACAAGAGGAAAACAAAGAAACAGAAACCAGAAAAAAGCACUUACGCCUACGUGAGAAUUAUCGAGAAGAAAUAAUUCAGCAAAUAAACCAAAAGGAGCAGGAAAGGCGUGAGCUUGAACGGUGUUCUAAAAAAGAACACGCUGCAAUGCACGAAUCUAUGAAAAAACGUGAAUUGGCUAUCAAGUCUACAAUUUCAAACAAAAUAAAAAUGAUGAAGGAAAGUAAGGUUCCGGAUCGGUUCAUCAAGGAUGUCGAAAGACAACUUAACUCAAUCAAGGCAGACGUAUAAUAUCAAUCAAUAUGACAUUUACAUUACACAGAAGCAAAACUUGAUAAUGGUAUGAUUAAAUUCAAAUUCAUAGUCUUGCAGUAAUUACAGUUCCCGUAUCUAUACUCUCUGGAGCAUAUUCUCCUUCAAGGAUUUUUUUUCGAAUGAGACUAAUAACAACUGCCUUUAAAAGCGACUGAAUAGUGAGGAGACCUCUUACAAGUUUAAAGAAAUGUUCAAAUCAAUCUAUGUAUCAGACUGAAAAAAAAACUCCAAUAAAA